AUGGAUAAACUGGGACAUGCCGGUGACACCAAAGAUCGAUGCUCAGGAUUGAGCGAUGUCACUUGCUCUCCACCGAAGUCUACAACCGUCUCAAAUCAUUCCCACUCAUGCGAGCUUGAAAUUGGUGUAACACAUAUCAACCGCUUGGGCGUCAAAGACUGCCCCAAACAGAUGCCCGAUAUGAUGUUCGAUUCUCCAAUGAAUGCCCGCCUCAUCGGCGACGAAUGA